AUGAAGUCCAAGUAUAUUUUUCCUAUCCUCAGUAUUGCCCGUACUGACUCCAUAGAUCCACCGCUGGUCGCCCGUGACGAGAAACCUUCUGCAACUUCCGCUGCUGAUAGUUGUGGCCACUCCGGCAGGGGUGACUGGAGUGGAACAAGUUAUAACGGACGGGGUGGUGGCUGGGGCGAUGGCGGAGGAUGGGGUCGUGGUGGGUAA